AUGAGAACUGUGUUCUCUGAAGAGAAGGAGGAACCGGUUACAUUCGAGGACAUCACUGUGGUCUUCACGGAGGCGGAAUGGAAGAGCCUGAGCUGUGAGCAGAAGAACCUGUACAAGGAGGUGAUGCUGGAGACGUACAGGCAUCUGCUGUCGUUGGUCCUCAGCCAACAUGUGCUUCCGAUCUUCCCAGGCUCGUGUGCAGAAAACCACUUCCCUCCAGGGGACCCCAGCCCCGGGCAGCAGGAGCCCCAGGACUCUGCUCAGAGCUGCUGCAGUGAACACUCCGAAGGUCGGGGGAGAGGAGAGGACUCCACACCCUGGUGUGGGGGGACAGGGGAGCGAGCGACUGCAAGGGCACUGUCCAGCCCCCCCCAGGGACAGUCAGCAGGCCGUGGAGAAGGCAGCACGGCGGUAGGAAUCAAGGCCAAGUCAGCCCAAAGGGUAAACUCUGUGGAAACAGACAAAGGGUUGAAGGAAUUAGAAACCUCAAGAUAUGGGGCCAUCAACUAUAGAGAGGUUGAACCAGACUGCGGCCUGAUGUCAAAGGUCAUCACACACCGGAGGUCCCUCUUCCGGGAGAAGCCUUACAUGUGCAGUGAGUGUGGCCGGGUCUUUAGCCAUAAGUCAAUUCUCACUACACACCAGAGGACACACUCAAGUGAGAAACCGUACAUAUGCCUGGAGUGUAGACGUGGGUUUACCCAGAAGUCAGGCCUCCUCCUUCACCAGAGAACACACUCAGGGGUGAAGCCACAUGUGUGCAAGGAGUGUGCACAAGGCUUUACCCGGAAAUCAAACCUCCUUAUGCACCAGAAAAUACACUCAAGGGGAAAGUCUUAUGUUUGCAGCGAGUGUGGCCGAGGUUUUACUCGGAAAUCAUACCUCCUUAUGCACCGGAGGACACACUCGGGGGAGAAGCCCCAUGUGUGCAAGGAGUGUGGGCGGGGGUUUAGCCACAAGUCAAAUCUAGUCACACACCAGAGGACACACUCAGGUGAGAAACCUUACGUGUGUCUGAAGUGUGGGCGAGGCUUCAGCCAGAAGGCCGGCCUACUUCUUCACCAGGGGACACACUCAGGGGAGAAGCCACAUGUGUGCAAGGAGUGUGGGCGAGGAUUUAGCCACAAGUCAACUCUUAUCACACACCAGAGGACACACUCAGGGGAGAAGCCAUAUGUCUGCAAGGAGUGUGGCCGAGGCUUUAGCCACAAGUCAAAUCUCAUCAAACACCAGAGGACACACUCAGAUGAGAAACCUUACGUGUGCCUGGAUUGUGGCCGAGGUUUUAACCGCAAAUCAAAUCUCAACACACACCAGAGAACGCACUCAGGUGAGAAACCGUAUGUGUGCCUGGAGUGUGGACGAGGCUUUAGCCAGAAGUCAAGCCUCCUUUUCCACCACAGGACACACUCAGGGGAGAAGCCACACGUGUGCAAGGAAUGUGGGCGAGGCUUUGGCCAGAACUCAGACCUCCUUCACCACCAGGUGACACACUCAGGAGAGAAGCCACAUGUAUGCAAGGAGUGUGGGCGAGGCUUCAGCUAUAAGCAAAGCCUCAUUAGACAUCAGCGGAUUCACUCAAGAAAAGCCCUGUGUUUGCAGUGA